CGUUACGUCUCUGCCUGUCAACAUGUAAGAGCGCCACGUGAGCGCGUGUACGACUGUCACAGCGAUGUAAACAUGAACAUGAAUGACAAUCGACUCUGAUGUGGCUGAAAAGCGAAAUAUGGUCAAAGAGAAGCCGAAUUCGACGAGAACUUACGACGAAGAUGGGUUUCGGCGAAGAGCUGCCUGUCUGUGUUUUCGCGAUGCGGCUGAAGACGAAAUUCUUCUAGUGACGAGUUCCCGCCAUCGAGAUCAGUGGGUAGUUCCGGGGGGUGGAGUAGAACCCAGUGAGGAACCAAGCAUCGCUGCAUCCAGAGAAGCCCUGGAGGAGGCGGGUGUGCUGGGUGACCUUGGCAGACAUCUUGGAAACUUUGAAAAUCCUGACAAAAAACAUCGGACAUCUGUUUACACAUUCAUUGUGAAGGAAAUGCUGGAGGAUUGGGACGAUGCAAAAAGCAUGGGCCGUAAGAGAAAAUGGUUUCCUGUUUCCGAAGCGAAGGAAAUGCUGUUACAUAAACCUGUACAGGUGACGUAUCUCGAGCUGCUCGUGUCUCCACAGUUGCUGGAACCUCAGAACCAUGUCACUUGACAAGUGGGUUCCACUCCACACCCCCCAGGCCAGAUUUCCUCCUCCUUCAGAUAUUUCUUAUUUCCUCCACAUUGAUGCUCUAUCACCUUUGUGUAAGUGUUGCGACAGAGAGGAAUGAGAAGUGUUGAUAAGUCCCUGCAGGGCUCUGUGGGUAUAGAAACUGCACACACAAGUGAUAACAGCAAGUAGCCACUUGAGCAGCGGUUUACUGCCAGUGAUGUCAGCCGAUCACAGAUUCCAGCAGAUCCUGCAACACAAGGGAUUCCUCUACUGGGAAAUGGUAUCAACACUUUUACAAUAGAGCUGUGCAGCUUAAGACUUUCGCACUACGCUAUAUUACAUACUGUAGCAGGCCUGUAGCAGUGUUAGACAAAUGUUUGAGAAAGUCACUAGCCCUCACAUAAGCUUUGGCUAGUGCCCUAUGUAUUAUGGUAAUACAGCUGAUA